UUUUUUGCUUUAAUGAUGGAUGAACCAAAGAAAAACAAUUCAUCUGUACAUGCACCUUUGAGGUUUCUUUUCAAUAUUUUCUGGCGAUUUCGUAGAUCAUUUGUUAAAGUGAACAAAGCUUCAAGGAUAGAAGAGAAUGGAUCACAGAAAAGAUCGAACAAGCUUGUGAAGAAACUACGAAAGAGUCUUGGACUCUCCGCCGCACCUAAGGGUGAACCGAGAGAACUAACAGUUUCAAUCGAAUUGCCUGAACUUUCUAAAGAUGAAGUGAACAAGAAAACUGAAAAUUUUGAUUCAAUGUAUUUGAUUGGAGAAGGGAAAUACGGUAUGGUAUAUUCUGCAAUACUGAAACAUGGAAAACUAGUAGCAAUAAAGAAGCUCAAGUCGCCGUCAGAGUCUGGGUUCAGCGCCGUAUCAAAUAAUGAUUUUCUAGCUCAGCUUCUGAGGAUAUCGAAACUGAAGCAUGAGAAUAUCGUGGAGCUUCUGGGUUACUACGUGGAUACUGAUGUUCGUUUGCUGUCAUAUGAGCAUGCCACGUAUUCACUUCACGCUGUACUGCAUGGUGGAAGUGGAUACCAAAUCUCAGCUUGUGAUCCUGUUCUGAGUUGGGCUCAGCGUGUAAAAAUUGCCUAUGAUGUAGCAAUGGGAUUAGCAUUCCUUCAUCAGGAGAACAUUGCGCAUCAGGACGUCAAGUCUAGCAAUGUUCUUUUAUUUGAGGGCUUUAAUGCAAAAGUUGAUUUUAACAUUGGUAACCCUGAUCUGGCUACUCAUCUUAACUCUAUGCGAGUCCUGGGGACCUUUGGUUAUAAUGCACCAGAGUAUACCGUCACCGGUUCUUUAAAUGAGAAAAGUGAUGUAUAUAGCUUCGGUGUUGUUCUCUUGGAGCUUUUAACAGGUCGAAGACCACUGGACCGGACAAAACCUAAAGGCCAACACAGUUUAGUUAAUUGGGCAACUCCAAGAUUGGUCGAGGAUCAGGUACACCAGUGUGUAGACCCAAAGUUGAUGGAGCAAUAUCCAAUGAGUGAAGUGAUUCAGUUUGCAUCACUUGCUGCGCUCUGUUUGCAAUAUGAACCUGAGUUCAGGCCAAAAAUGAGUACUUUGAUAUGGAAGCUUGAACAGCUAGCAGGCUUGAGGCCUCAACCUUCAGAAGCCUCAGAAAAUGAGUCAGGAGUGAAAUAGUCUCUUUUUUUUUGGCUAUUUAGUGAACAAAAACUUACAGCCAAAUUUUGCCAGCGGAUCGAUCAUGAGUUAUUUUCAUCCAGCCCACUGUUUAAUGUUGAUCCCGUGAGAGACUUGUUGUUUUUUAUGUGGAUUAACCUGAAGAGAGAGGUAAUAAUCUUAUCAUGUAUGUCAAUUUUUUGGGGUUCUUUUCUUGGGAUUUUUUCCCCCAUAUCCUGCACUUGUUUCAAUGCUC